AUGGACGCGUUCCAUGCUCGCCCAUACCGCCCCGACGACCACCCUCAUUCCCAAGCGAACGAAGAGACCCCCCUCCUCUGCAAACCCGUCUCCUUCAUCGUUCCUAACCCAUCCUCCCGCGCGAACCUUCCCGACUCUCCCAGCCAGCCCAGUUGCUCUGCAGAAGAAGCAACUGUACCCAGACGACCUCGCCCAUCUUUCUCAAAUAACUCAAUCAAGCUAGCGCCGAAUCUGCCCAACGUUGAGGGAAGGAGCACCUAUGGGCAAACGCUCUUCAACUGCAUUGCAAUCCUCUUGGGCAUCGGCAUGCUUUCAGAACCUUUGGCUUUCGCAUACGCUGGUUGGAUAGGCGGCACUGCUCUCAUCGUUUUCUUUGGGUAUAUCACUUGUUACACGGCUAAAAUAUUGGCUCAUGUUAUAUUAGACGAUCCGCGCCUGCGCUCAUAUGCAGAUGUGGGUAAAAAGGCCUUUGGGCCUCGAUCAACGCUGUUGACCAGCUUUCUUUUCUGUUUGGAAGUCUUUUCUGUUGGCGUCGUCCUAGUUACUUUGGCUGCGGACUCCUUGCAUUCCGUUGUUCCGACUUAUUCUGCCAACACAUACAAAAUGUGUUCUCUUAUUGUAUUACUACCCACAGUCUUUGUUCCAUUGUCUGUUCUUUCAUACACGUCCGUUCUGGGCAUAGUAUCGACCAUUCUUGUCGUCGCUGUUCUCUUUAUUGAUGGGCUAUCUAAGACGGAAGGCCCUGGCAGCCUUUGGGAUCCAGCUGAAACGUCUAUCGGAGUUGGUGGCCUGACUGAGCUUGGUAUGGCGUUUGGUUUGUUUAUGGCUGGUUUUUCCGGCCACGCUGCCAUGCCCUCGCUUGCCCGCGACAUGAUCGACCCGUCGCAAUUCGACCAUAUGAUUGACCGGGCCUACAUCAUCGCAGUAAUCGUAUAUGCCGUGAUCGGUUGGGCUGGCUACGUCAUGUUUGGCACGAAUGUGAGCGACGAGGUCAGCGGCGAUCUGCUCGCAACGCCAGGCUAUAACCCUGUGCUCAACAAAGUCAUGCUGUGGAUGUUAGUCAUCAGCCCACUGACCAAAUAUGCACUCGCGACCCGUCCACUCAAUGUCAUCCUUGAGGUGAUGCUUGGACUGGAAGGGAAUACGCAUGGGCCCGCUGAAGAUUCCAAUCACGAGCCUAAACCUGCCAUUCGGAGCAAGGCACGCAUGGGACUGAAGCGCGUCCUUGUCAUUGUUGAGCGCGGUGUUAUCCCGUUCCUAUCUGUCGCAGUCUCUAUCCUUAUUCCGGAGUUCAGUUCCAUGAUGGCCUUCCUCGGAUCGUUCUCUGCCUUUGUGAUCUGUGUCAUUGGGCCCAUCUCUGCCAAAAGCUCGCUUGCUGGUCACUGGACUUUCUUCGAUGCUUCUAUAUUGGUCAUUGCUGUUAUUAUGGCCGCCUGGGGAACUUACGCCGCGUUCUUGACUGCUUGA